AUGUCUGCAAGCCCAAUGGAUAGCAUCGUAGUAAAUGGAAACAUUGAGGAGGGACCUGCCCAUGUCGGUGGUAAAGUUGAAGAUCAAGAAGAUCUGAUCACUUCUAUCAAGAAAUUGAAAGAAAUUUCAUCACAGAAUGGCACAGAUGAGAAUGCUGCUGUACCUGAAUCUGACGAUGGAAAAGCUCCUAGUUCCAAAGAGAAUGCUGUCAAAGAAAAUGGAAUUAACACCAGCAUAGUUUCCAGCGAUGAGGAAAAUAGCAAACACACAGAAAUCACUGAAUGUGGAAAGAAGGAGGGUACACCAGCAGAAGAUAAUUGUGUCAAGGAGCAUGCAGUGGAAGUUAAUGAUGGGAAAUCAGACAGUAUCACAAAUGAUGCUGAAUCUCCAAUGGAAACCGAUACCACUACAAAAAAUACACAAGACGAUGCCACUACAAAAGACACACAAGACGAUGCCACUACAAAAGACACACAAGACGAUGCCACUACAAAAGAUAAACAGGACAGUAAUAUUCAGAGUUCCAUGGAUGGAAUGAAACCUGGAAGUGGAGAAAAUGAAGAAAAACAUAAGUUAAACAAUGAAGCGGAGGAAAAAUUAAAUGAAGGAGAUGCCAAGAAUAACACAGCCCAAGAGACAGAUAAACCAGGUGUGGAAAGGCUAAGUUCAGAAGAAAAUAGGAGUGUCUGUGAUGAGGGACAGAGCUCCUUAAAAGAUGAAAUAGCCACGCCUAAUCCUGAAUCUUCAACCAAUAAUAAUGCUACAUCUGGAAAAAGUGACAAACAAAUAAUCAGUGAUUCAGAAAAGAAAGUUUUGAAAGUCUCUGAAGGUGAUCAACAUCAGAAUAGUUCUAAAGUGGAGGAGUCAAGUGAAGAAAAUGAUUCAAAGCAGGGGAAUUUCAAAAUAAAAGACGCUCCUGCAGAGGAAAAGUCUAAAGUGAAUGAUAGUUCAAAAGAAGGAGAGCAAAAGGUAAACAAGGAUUCAAAGUCAGUUGAUACUCUGACUGAUGAAGAUGGUUCUGAAUUUAUCAUAACUAUAAAUGAGGAUGACAGUGGAAGUGAGAAGGAGGAGGAAGUUGUUACAGAUAAAACAAUCAUUCAGCCAGUACCUACAAAUACACAAAAUAUACCACAGAAAUCUGAUGCUAAAGUCACCUCUUUAAAAAGUAAUAUCCAGAACUCCAAGCCUGCCAAGCAGCAGCAACAACCUAAAACACAAAUUGUAUCGGCAACUCAAGUGGUCAGUCAGACUACAUCUGCUCAGGGUGGACCACUACAAUACUACCCCAUACAUCAAAUUCAAACCUCAACAGGAACAUCACAGUAUAUGCAGUCUGUAAUGGUUGGAGGAAAGUCCGUCCUUGUUCCAGUUUCAUCCUCGGCCAUUGCUGGAAAUUCUACACAAUAUUUGAUUGACCCAAAGAAUUCUGUCAUGUCUAAAAAGCCGUCUAUGGCAGCUGGUAUGAACUUAAAGUCUAAAACAUUUACACCUCCACAACCUGUAAAGCAACUGUCUGGUCAAAAACAAGAGACCUACAGUGUUCAGAGGGGCAUUGAAACAAUUGAAAGAGAUGCAGAUCUACCUUUGUCCAGCUGGGAAAUGAUUGAUCUAGUCAAAUGGGAAAUUGCAAGUCACAAACCUGACAAUACUUUUUGGAUGGGAUUAUGUAAUGUCAACAAAAAAGCAGAGUUGAGUGCUCCUUCCAAGUUUUUGUUUGAUCUAGGAAGUGAUAUUGUAAAGGAAUCUGCUUACAAGCAAAUUACUCAGGUACAAACAAAGAAAAAAGAAGCAGGAAAGUUGAAUGAUGUAGAAAAAGAGAAUCUUGAGAAAAUGAAAAAAGUUGUGAAGGAAUUAGAAGACAAACUCUCUCACAUGGCAAUGAAACAACAAAAAUGUAGCUGUGGUUUUCAAACAGAAUCGGAAAAUGUUAUGAUGUUCCACAAGGAACAUCCUCACAUGCGACCCCCCUUGAACCCUCAUGGUUUAAUGAGCUGUGCUCACUGUAACUUUGAAACAAAUGAUGGGACAAAGUAUUCGUUUCACAUGGAAUCUGAACACAACAUGGUUGGUCGAGUAUAUAGUAAACCAGCAUUCUGGCAAUGUGGCCUAUGUUACUAUGAACACAAUAGUAAAAACAAGUUAACAAAUCAUAAAUGGAAAUGUAUGAAACAUUUUAAAGCCAAUCAGAAUCAGGCGCCGCAUCACACAGAUAUAAACUACUGUUUGAAGAACAUUUAUUACAAGUACCAAAUUAAGAAGCCCCCACCUCCUAAACCAGCCCCUAAACCAGCCCCUAAAACUGCUCCACAACAUAAUCAUAAUACAAGGAAUAUUACUAGGCCACCUGCAGUCAUACAACCCCGCCAGGCACAGGGACCUCUGCUAGCUAAUCAAUUACAGCAGAAGAAUUUGCCGCGGCCAGCAAUACGUGCUGCAACACAGAUUCCAGGAGUGGUAUACAGCAAUCAGGCUACAGCACUAGCAAACCAACAAAAUAGAAAUCCUCCUCGACUACCUGUCAACAACCGAAAUGUGAGGAACCCUAUGCAAGUUGUUGUACGGCCACCUGUCACUUACAAAGGAAAUACAACAGUUAAUCAACUGCUGAUGCAGGCCAAAGGUUCAAAUCAAGUGCAACGGCCUCAGCAACCCAUUACCAAAAAACCUCCUCCCCCCAAACCAGCAGGAGGGCCAACAUUUGAAGUAUGCGAGAUAUGUGGAGGUUAUGUGAAGGACAGAAUGUCAUUGAGAAUUCAUUUUUUCUACGCACACAAAAUUGAUAUACCCCAGCAUGUUUUCAAUCGCGAUAUGGCUCCCUUGCUUUGUGAAGUGUGUAAAGCUAGGUUUUGGACAACACAGGGAUUGUCCAAACACAGAUUAGCUACUCAACAUAAUGCUGGCACACCUAAACAAUCAUCAGCAACAGUCACAGGAGACAAUACAUGCUGGAUCUGCCACCAACGCCAGGCAAACCUGUACACUCAUCUCCUUCAAUUUCAUCGACUUAGCACUGGAGAGUGCAUGCUGCUGAAACGAUGCAUGUUCUGUGGAAGUCUGUCCAAUAACAGAAAAGACCUGGAAAUUCACAUGGCGGCUGCCCAUGGAGUACUCAUCAAAGGAGCCAACAACCCAUCCAGCACAGCAGCGGCGAAACCACCACCCAAACAACCAGCUCCCAAGACUGUUGUUGUAGGACCGAAAACCAGUGUUACUACUACAGGGGGUAAAGGAUCUGGACUUGUGAGGAAUAAUUUUUGUGUUUUCUGCUGUAAACAGUUCCCAGACAACACACAACUUACAUUACACUGUCUGAGCACGCAUGCUACUUGCAGCAGUUGUGGCAUGGUUGUAGCUCAGAACAGUGAUCUGAAGACCCAUGUGUGUCGUUCUGGAUCAGUCAGGAAUUGCCCAAUGUGUGGAGUUAAAAACCUAAAGCCAAAUGCUUACACACGGCAUAUUUCAACAUUUCACUUAAAGAAAUGUUUUGUUCGUCUGAAAAGGAUGUCUCCAAGACAGAUAAAGGAAGCCACUCGCAGAAGGGCGCCAGUGCUACCUGUGGCUGGUACAGUGGUUAUAGAUUUACGUCCUCCUGAAGAUAGAAAGCGAUCAGCAUCUGAAGAGGCCAAUGAAAACAUUUAUGUGCCAGAUAUUAAACGAAUGAAACAAUCUGAGGUUAUUCCGGAAGGUCAGAAGGAAACCAAAGAACAUCAUGAGGAAAUGAUGGAUGAAUCUAGCCAACAGCUUCAUAAAAAAACUUCUGAUGAGCCAAUGGAGGCAUCAAACGAGAAGCCAAAGCAAGAAUCUAACGAACAAACAGAGAAAAAUUGUGCUGCCAAUAAAGACACUAAUGACAAAUCUGAGGAUGACAGUCCAACCAAAGAUGAUAACAAUAGUGAGAAAGUGAUUCCUGAAUAACCCUUCAUGGCAUUAUAGCAAUCCAAUACUAGACUUUUAUUUAAUGAUGGUUCACUACAAAUAUGUAUCACACAAAGUUUUCAAGAUUAGAAACUGUUGGUGAUUUAAAGAAAGCAUGGUAUCCUGAACAACAGUUUCCAUGUUUUUCUAUAAAAACUUUUGGCUUAAGACAAAGAAACAUGUUUUAUUUUUGAAAAAAUUUUCCCCAUCUGGUAAUAAAUAUCGGCACACUUGAUUAGCUUACUGAAAUUCAUUUUUUAAAGUUCACAUCUAAUUACUGCUUACAUCUUAAUUUCAAGAAAUAAAGAUUUGUGGAGGAGGGGGAGGGAUUUAGGGAAUGUACAGAAUGUCAAAUUGUGUUAAUCUGGCUUGGAUCAAAGUAUGACUAUGAAUCAUGGAAGCUACCUUAUUCUUUAUCAUAGACACCUUAGUAUUAUGUGGUAUUUGAUUCUCAUAACAAGAAAGUCUCAGAUUAUUUUUCCUUUUGUUAAAUCCAUCUUGCUUAUUGGAUUCCACAUUGAAUGUAUUGCCUUCAGUUGUAGCAAAAAAAAUCUAUAGUAAAUGUCCAGGUUGUGAAAUUAUUUUCUGUUUCAAUUGUGUAAAGUUAAGAUUAAUUCUUUGGUUGGUGAUAAUACAUCUGAGUAAAGGGCUUCUAUUUCUAUAUCUUUAUGUCAUUUUAAUUCAUUUUGAAUUUGCAAGAUUCUAUUUUACAAUGUGGAUUAAUCCUGGGAAAUAGUUCUUAGCAGAGUCUUGUCUCUUCUGCUGUUUGCUGGCACAUGUUCAUUGACAUUUUGUUGGUUUGCAUGAUUGCAUAUAUUUAAGUUGUACAGUUGAGUUUAAGAGUUUAUUUAGUUAGAAAAAAUCAAAGUAAUAUCCAAUUUCUUUCAUUUGGUUUGAACAAUUUCAAAUUGUUAAAUCAAUGUUGGUCCGUGUUUCUUGGUCGACUGGUUAUGAAGAGUAAAUAUUAGUACUUUAAAGUGUUAUCUUUCAUUAUAAUACUAGAAUGGCUGCUCAUCUGAAGUGUCCAUCUUCUGUUGUACCUCUAUAUACACAGUGUGUUGGCUGUUUAUCAGUACCAUGAUGUACGACAUCAGCUGUAUGUUUUCUGUAGAUAGUUGUACUUUGUUGUUUUGAAAAUAAAGAAGAAAAUUCAAUGUAGUAAUUUUUAGCCUUCAACUCAACUGAUACUUCAAAUACCUAGUUCACAAAUUUUAUAACCCCAGUUAUUUUGAAAUAACACGGUCAACUGGAAAUGUGCAUGCUUGUUAUGUACGUUUAUUGUAGUAUUUUUUAUGACCUCAUUACAGAUGUAUGUGUGUGAGUGAACAUUGCUACAAAUUGUCAUAUAUACGGUAUAUAGAUAUAUAUAUAUGAAGAGUAUCAUGAUUAUAAAAAAUUUUUUUACUUCGUAAUGUUUGAAAAACAAAUCUAUUUAGAGAUAUAUCUUCAUUGCCUUAUUCUUGUCUCCUCUGGGACAAACCAUUAUUUAUAAAUGUGUUGUUUCUGAUACAGUUAUAUUGUCAUGUACUAAACUUGGUCAUUUUGUAAACUGUUGAUUUUGUUGUGAGUUCCUUUCAUGAAGUCCUAUUUGGUAUUUUCACUAUGACAAUACCUGCUCUGUAUCUAUUUUGCUGUCGGCUUUAAUCCAAGCAAAUAUUAGCCUGGUGUUAAAUGAUAUCUUAAAUUUUUCCUACCAUCAGCAUGUGUAUAGAAACUUGUCAAAUUACACCACAGUUGAAACAAUAGUCUGCAACAUUUUAUGAUCAAAUGUUUGUUUUUGUUUGCACUUUCAGAAAAAGUUUUGAAUCAGUAGUUUCAAUAUCAUUCCGUACAUGUACAUGUCAUUCAAAUUUAAUAUUUUGCUUCCUUGAAUCAAGAAAGAUGAUGAUAGGGUAUAAAGCAAAAUACAAAGUGUUAGCUAAACUUAUGCAUCCUUUAAUAAAACAUUCUCUGAAAUAUUAUGGAGUCAUGGAAUUGAAUCCUGUUAUGUGGUCCAACUUAUUAAAAUAAUAUCAAGUAGAUUUAAUCUUUAAUCGUAAGAGGACUUAACUCUUGGCUACAUUCAUACAAAAUUUCACUUUUUUUGGGAAUGUGUAAAUGCAAAACUAGUUUUAUUGUAAAUAAACUGUAUGCAGAUUUGUUUCAUUUUGAAAGUUCAUUUUCUUGUUUGAAUCCUAUCAUUCAGCUGCAUUCUCAUUUUCUGUCCAAAUCAACUUUGAUGUGGUCAGAAAAGGUACAUGUACACUACAUUAUGACAAAGUAAUGAGAGGAUAGCUUUGAUAAUGAGUAAGGGCUAUAUGUUACAGAAAUGGAUAUUUUAGGUCUUGUUUGCUGCUGGUUCUGGUUAUCAGAUGCCUAUUAAAACUACCAAAAUGACUGAAAUACUUCACUUGUGGAGUAGCUUACAAUAUGUUACCUAAAAGGUGUGUAAUUCAUUGUAGCUUUUUGUUUGUAUCUGUAUGAUAUAUGUUGUAACUUUCUACCUUGCACGUACACAUAUAUGACCGUGGAUCGGUUACCUAGUGCGUGAUAGGUAGAAUUGGUUAUGAAAAUCUGUAGUGCUCAUUUCUGUGGAAUCAAUGUUAAAUAUUGUUUCAGUUUCAAGAGGAAUUUCUCCGGAAAUUGUAGAACAUGUUUACUGUUUAUUUGAUGGUAAUAAAAAGGCAGAUGCAUAAAUAUAUGUCAAA